AUGUCCGACCAGUUCAAGGCCAGAACUCUGAAGAGAAAGAAUGUGAAAGGUCUGGCGUUGAGUGCUCCUCCUCCAAGGGCAGCCAACCCUUCGGAAGGGGACUCACAAAUACCGGGGGCUCUGGGCAAUACCGAAAGUGACCGGACAGAUACACUAGAGAUCGGAUUGGAGUUCAAGCUCGACCUGAGAAGCGAGGACUUGGUUGUCCUCAAAGAGUUGGGCGCCGGCAAUGGCGGUACAGUCAGUAAGGUCAUGCAUGCGUCGACCAAGGUUAUCAUGGCGAGAAAGAUCAUCAGGGUCGACGCCAAAGAAAAUGUUCGCAAGCAGAUUGUGAGAGAAUUACAAGUGGGACAUGAUUGCAGCUCUCCGUAUGUGAUUACGUUCUAUGGAGCGUUCCAGAAUGAGGCUCGAGAUAUUGUGCUCUGUAUGGAAUAUAUGGAUUGCGGCUCACUGGAUCGCAUAUCUAAAGACUUCGGGCCUAUCCGGGUGGAUGUGCUUGGGAAGAUCACCGAAUCUAUACUCGGAGGUCUUGUAUACCUCUACGAAGCACACCGCAUAAUGCAUCGUGAUAUCAAGCCAUCGAACGUUCUGGUCAACUCUCGAGGCAUGAUCAAACUAUGCGAUUUUGGUGUCGCUACCGAGACCGUUAACUCGGUCGCCAAUACCUUUGUCGGUACCUCAACUUACAUGGCGCCCGAACGGAUUCAAGGAGGAGCCUACUCGAUCAAAUCAGAUGUUUGGAGUGUAGGCCUGACCGUAAUGGAACUCGCAAUCGGAAGAUUUCCGUUUGACUCUAGCGACUCUGCUGCAGGAGACAGAGCCAGUGCGGGACCUAUGGGCAUUCUCGAUCUGUUGCAGCAGAUUGUCCAUGAGCCGGCUCCCAAGCUUCCCAAGAGCGAAGCUUUCCCCAGCAUUCUGGAAGAUUUCGUCGCUAAAUGUCUUCUGAAGAGUCCGGAUGAGAGACCGACUCCCAGAGAGCUUUACGAUAGAGACAACUUUCUGCAAGCGGCAAAACGGACACCCGUGGAUCUACAGGAUUGGGCUGUUUCAAUGAUGGAGAGGCAUAAUCGAAAAUCAUAUCUCGCACCCCCAGCUCCGAAAUCACUCAAGAGCGACGGUACCAGCUCGGACGCCUCCUACGCAACUUCUGCUGCUUCAACUUCCUCGUUCACAAGCGAUGCUCGAGGCACUCCAGUGACUGCUCGACGUUAUGCUAGUCCCACCUCUGGCAACAUAACAGUUGCCGCGCCUCAAUUUGCCGGUCAACAACCGCAACAGACCCCCACGGGCAUAGCAGAGAGAUCUCCGCCUCCUCCUUUGUCUUUACAGCACCUUUCAUUGGAGACACGAGACUCUCCUAAUGGCCUAUCCAGUCGUGCCAAUCGUCUGGCUUUCAGUGAGCGGGACAACAUUCCAGAACCAGCUUCGGCUAUCGAGCCCACUCAACGACCGAUGUUUCCACCAAGGACUAGUAGCAGUGGCUCAUUAUUGAGCAACAGAAACCCAUUGUCGAGUCCUGCGCUUUCCAUGCGACCGCCGCCACCAAAUGGGCCUCUUCCACCACCGCCGAUGAAGGACUUACCAGUGCCACCAGCAUCGAAAUCUGCAGAAAUGUCUAGUCCGCGGCGAGUGAGGUGA